UGGUGACCUGCCUCAUCGUCCUGCGGUGGUGACCUGCCUCAUCGUCCUGCGGUGGUGACCUGCCUCAUUGACCUGCGGCGGUGACCUGCCUCAUCGUCCUGCGGUGGUGACCUGCCUCAUUGACCUGCGGCGGUGACCUGCCUCAUCGUCCUGCGGUGGUGACCUGCCUCAUCGUCCUGCGGUGGUGACCUGCCUCAUCGUCCUGCGGUGGUGACCUGCCUCAUCGUCCUGCGGUGGUGACCUGCCUCAUUGACCUGCGGCGGUGACCUGCCUCAUCGUCCUGCGGUGGUGACCUGCCUCAUCGUCCUGCGGUGGUGACCUGCCUCAUCGUCCUGCGGUGGUGACCUGCUUCAUCGACCUGCGGUGGUGACCUCCCUUCACAGCGGGGAGGAGGCGUCUCUUCUCUCCUCCUUUCCAAAGCCAGCCUCGGUGCUCCUUCGGCGGCAGGCCUCGAGCCGCAGAGCACGAGGUGCUUGAAAAUUUGGCGAAGUCGCCAUUUUGGCAGUUUACGUCACUCGGGCAAGGGAGGUAUCAAGUGGCAAGUUGCUGUCAGUUGACAUUUUGCAGCUUGCCCACCAAAGUCUGGCGCCAAAGGUCACUAUCUUUGUAAAGUAUAGUUACUUAGUGAUAUAUAUUGCUAUGGUUAAGUGCUGUGAAUUGUAUUAUAUAUUGAAUUUGCUUUUAUUGUAAAUUUACUUGCAGGUAUAUUGCAUUUGCCUUUGUUGUAAAUUUACUUGCUAUUAAGAAUACAUAAUGUCUAUGCAAUUUCAAGAUGAUACAAAUGGUAUAUCUCCUUCUGAGGCUGAAAUUAGGAAUGAAAGGCCCCAAAGGAUAAAGCACCCUUCAGCCAAGAUGCUAGCCCAUCUAAUAGAUGAAAAGGAGCUCCUCCAUGUGAGGUUAGGUUCGGCAUGGGAGCGCAUUGUAACAUUAAUGGGCAGAAUAGAGAGCUUGGGUAUUACAAGGGUGCCAUCCAUAUUACAGACAGACCUUGAAGAGACCUUCGGUCUUUGGAGGGGUUUGGUGUCUAAGAUAGUCCAGGUCCUCGAGCGCAUUAACGCCAAGGAUUCAGAGUUAGAAAUAGUGAGUGUUUUAGCUGACACUAAUGAGAAAGAAAAUAGGGUGAGGGCAAUCCUAGCUUCCUUAUGCAGCCAUGAGACCAAUCUUUUAAAAUCACCUGCUGUGGCACUUAGUCUUAAGUCCAACCGCUCUAGUCAGGUAUCUAAACUAAGGGAGCGUGCAUCGUCUAAACACAGCCACUCUAGCAAGUCUUCUGCUGCUGGGAGUGCCAUCUCUUCCCUAGCUGCCUUGCACAUUAAGGAGGCUGCACGUCUGGAGCUGCAGAGUAAAGUGGCGGGGGCGGAGGCUGAUGCUAAGGCAGCUGAUCUCACCCUUCCCUUUAAAGAAGAAGAGCAACGACUGCAAAUAGAACAGGCCCAUAGACGAAGCGAAAUGCAAAUAGAACAGGCCCAUAGACAAAGCGAAAUGCAAAUAGAACAGGCUCGUAUAGAGAUGCUUAGAAUAAAGAUGGAUGCCGCAGCCAAAAGGGUAAGGGCUGAGACUUUGGCCAAGGCCCUAAUUGAGCCACUCACAGAAGAAAAUGUAAGCCAGUUACCAAUACAGGAUCCUUCUGCCAAAGUGUUUGCGCACCUUGGCAGCAUGAACAGCCAGUUUUCGGAUGAGGAACAGGGAGACUUCUCUCCUUACCCAGAGCAGGGUCCCAAAGUCACUUUUGAGUUUCCUGCAGAGCAGAGCGUCAUAGCGGGGAGCUCACCCUUGCUCGAGCUACCUGUGCCUCCUGCUAAAACCCUAGGUCAGUCAAUCAGGGCCUCAAGGCCGAGCGCUAGUUGGCCCCUACAGACAGCUGCACAGGGAACCAUCGAUUCGUCAGUGGUCGAUGUCAUCCCUCCAAGAGGCCAAAGGUUGACGCAAGGUACACGGUGGGAGUCCACUCCACAACAGCAAACUCCUCAAUUGUUCCCUUCGACGCCAGAGUCCCAGCUUGUCUCCAUCAUCAGAAGCCCCAGAAGAGAUCUUAAGGACAAGGGUGUCGAAAGGUUUUCGGACAAGCCUGAGGAAUUUCUUCUCUGGAAGGCCACCUUCCAGAGAGCAAUCAGAGACUUAAAGUUAUUGCCUGAGGAAGAACUGACUCUUCUGGCUGCAUGGUUGGGCCCAGCCUCAUCCUCACAAGUUAAGAAGAUCUACGCAGCCCACGUAGCCGAUCCCGACAAAGCCCUGGAAAAGGCCUGGGCCAGGUUGCAGCAGAGGUAUGGGGCCAGCACAGAGAUUGAAGCAUCUCUUAUGGACAAGCUCCAAAGGUUCCCAGCUUUAAAACUCAAAGACUUCAGACUCUUGUGGGACCUCAGCGAUCUCCUUGCGGAAUUAGAGUCGGCCAAGGAGAAUCCAGAACUGCCCGGUUUGAAGUGCCUCGAUCAGCACCUGUCCCAGAGGCAGAUCUUGACCAAGCUGCCCUUCACUUUGCAAGAACGCUGGGGACAGGAGGUCUUCAACUACAAGGAGGCCCACUCCCAGGCAUACCCUCCAUUUUCUCAUUUGGUCCAGUUCAUCACCAGGGCAGCCAGAGAAAGGAAUGAUCCACAGACGGGCCUCCCCACCUUAUACCAAGGGACCCAGCCAGAGAAGGCACCUGAAGUGGACAAGAAACCACCUAGAGAGGCCAAUAGACCUGUCAGCGUAAAGGCAGUCGAAACUCAACACAAGACUGACGAACCCAGGUCGGAGGUAAAGGAGUUGCUUUGCCCUAUUCACCAAAAGCCUCACAGCUUGGCCAACUGCAGGGAGUUUAGUAGAAAGACAUACAAAGAAAGGCAACAGCUAGUUCAAAAGCAGGGAAUCUGCUUUAGAUGCUGUGGAGCAACUCCACACUUUGCAUCCAACUGCAAAGAAAACAUCAAGUGUGAGAAAUGCAACAGCCUCAAGCAUUGCACCGCAAUGCACAACUCCAAUAUCAUCUCCCACCCCAAAGAGAACGCUUCACCAAAAGAAAAGUCAGCAGUCGAAGACACCGACAAGCCAGCCGCACCAGAGAUGCAGGUGGAAGUUUCAGCAGUCGCCUGUACAGAGCUGUGUUCUGACUCGCACCAGUACAGAGUUUGUCAUCCUAUCUGCCUAGCGGAUGUAUAUCCAGCCAAGAGCCCUUGGCUUAGAAAGAGACUCUAUGUGGCCCUGGAUUCACAGAGCGACGCCUCCCUGGCUACUCCAGAGUUCUUCCGCAUGUUUGACCUUAAAACCAAGAUGGUCGACUACACUAUGACUACAUGUGCAGGAAAAAAGAAGUUGCAGGGUCGCAUAGCAUCUGGCUUCGUUGUCUCCUCUUGCGACCAGAAGAGACAGUUCAAGUUGCCAGACCUGAUUGAGUGUUCCUCUAUUCCCCGGAACAAAAGGCAGAUUGUCACCAGAGAAGUUGUGGAGGCUCAUCCACAUUUGCGACGGUUAAAGAAUGCUAUACCAGCCUUUCGGCCAGAUGUGGACAUUGCCCUUUUGCUUGGCUCGGACUGCCCGAGCUUGUUCUGUGUGAACGACCAAGUUAAAGGACCUCCAGGUGCACCUAUCGCACAACAAUUGCCAUUAGGCUGGACAGUCAUAGGCCCAGUGUGCAUAAACAAGAUGCACCCACCAUCGUCGUUGGACUCCAAUCAAGCACAGGUGCUUAAAGGUGGACGUCCUACACUUGUGCGCAGUUGCCUAAGUCAUAUCUCGGUCUACUGCCAAGCAAUAACUCCAGAGUAUUCCUCCAUCUUCAAAGUCUCUGAGAGAGACGAAGCCACAGCGCUCUCGAAAGAUGAGCAAAGGUUUUCGGACAUUAUGAAUGCUCAAGUCUCACGAAGUGCAGAGGUGAAAGUUUGCAAGAUGACCACAGAAAUCAAGAUGGGCCAAAGAUCUUGCCUGGAACCACACCGUUUUGAACGUUUUUCGGAGUGGCACAGUCUUCUUAGAGCAGUAGCUAGGCUUAUACAUCGUUUGGCUUGCAAAGAUAGUGAGCCUUUACAGGUCCAGGAUAUGAUAAAGGCUAAGAGCGUCAUAUUCAGGUCAGUUCAGAGGCAUGAGUUUAGUCUAGAAAUAGCCAGGUUAGAACAAGGGCUUGACACCCCCAGCCGGAGUUUCUUGCGUGAGUUAAACCCAUUUCUAGACAAGGAGGGCAUUUUAAGAGUGGGAGGGAGGUUAGCUAAGGCUAAACUCAAAGUGUGUACAAAGAACCCCAUCAUUGUACCCCCCAAUAGCCAUAUUGCUUUGUUGUUGGUUCGUCACUACCAUGAGAAAAUCCAUCAUCAGGGUAGAACUCUAACUGAGGCAGCCCUUAGAAAUGAAGGUCUGUGGGUAGUUAAUGCCAAAAGGUUGGUCAACAGUUGUAUUUUCAAAUGUGUCAAAUGUCGGCGACUCAGACGAAACUGUCAAAGUCAGUUGAUGGCAGAACUACCUCAGGAUAGGACUUUGACAGACCCACCCUUUUCCCAUGUGGGAAUCGAUGUGUUUGGUCCUUGGGAGGUUGUCACUAGGAAAACCAGGGGUGGUGUUGUAAAUAACAAAAGAUGGGCGGGUUUGUUUACUUGUUUGUCAAAACGAACUGUCUAUAUAGAGGUUGCAGAGGGAAUGGACACUUCAUCAUUCAUAAACGCAUUGAAAAGGUUCAUAGCCCUCAGAGGGCCAAUUAAGUCAAUUUGGUCGGACUGUGGCACCAAUUUUGCAUGUGCAGACCUUAGCCAACCACUUCUGGAAGAGGUGGAAGGCCGAAUACUUAAGCCAGCUUCCAACCAGAAGACUCUGGCAAACCCCAAAGGACAAUGCCAAGGUGGGAAACCUUGUGUUGCCAAAGGACAAAGACUUGCCCCGCUAUGCCUGGCCUAUGGGCAUUAUACUAAAGACCUUUCCUUGCCCUGACGGUAAGGUUAGAAAAGUUCAAGUAAAGACUCAUAGUAAGGACAAAAUGUCUGUCCUGGACAGACCAAUUAGUGACCUCGUGUUGCUUAUUGGAGAUGUUUAAAGUUUUAUACUGUUGUAUUGUUGUGUAUACAAAGGUGUUUGUAUGUUUUUGAUUGGUAAAUUCCCACAUCCUGGGAAUUUAGCGGGGAGUGUUCCGUCCCCCAGGACGAUGGUUUGCCUUACCUAUUGGUCGUUUGUUUGUUUUCCCUCCUUUGCAUUUUGUUUGAGCCUCUGGCUGCAAAAGCCUAGGAAAAGUGGCUUGGAAUCUGCAAUAGCUGGCUGCAGUUUUCUUUGCAGUGAUUGGUCAAAGAGUGCAACAUCUUAGGACCGCCCUUUUUACCAGGGUCUAGUCUCCAUUUUGGAGCUUCAUUCUGGCUAUUGUCUUCCAACGUGCUGGAGCUGUGCAAGGCUAACUGGGACAAAUCAUCCUCAAAACCAGGCCAAUCUAAGCCUAUCCAAAUUAGAUAAGUAUUGAAUUAUAUUGAUCUGGAAUAGGAAAUCUAGUUAGAGGAGCAAAGUUAUUCCAUCGCUUCUAGAACUAAUCUUUGCUGUAAAGAUAGGGAAGGAAAGAGUUUCUCCUUCUAAUAUAGGCAGCGUGAUUAGGGUAUAGUGGUUUUAUAAUCACUUUUGCCUUCUGGAACCAGGGAUAAUUCUGUGACUAAAACCUAUAGAAAUUUGUUUCAUUUUCUGCAACUUUAAGAUCUGUGCCAGGUUUACAACCUUGUAUGAAUAAACAUUCUUUUUUGAAGUUAUCCAGACUCAGUCGUUCAAUAUCUAUAGGACAGCUUAUAGGGAUUUGCAGUUCGCCCGGAUAAAGGACAGCACGUUUCAGUUUUAUAGUUUUUUAUUGUCCGGCGGACGGCACAAGCUAUAUUGAUUUGGACUUUCAAAAGUGGUAAUUGGGCUAUAGUGAAGAGGUUAACUAAACCAGCAAUGCAUGAACAAGUUAUACUUUGGUAGCUUACCUAACAAGUGGUGUCUGAGGAUUCAAUUGCAAAAGACAAAUGCUUGUUGGAAUCAAAUGUCCUUGUUAGAUGCCUACCUGACUUCAUUCCUAGUAUCUGAUCACCUCAUUCUUCUGCAGGAGUUCCCCUGAAUCUGCUUUGUAUUUUUAUUAGAAACGACAUACUAAUUUAAGGAGCCCCCGAUAGCGCAGUGAGUUAAACUGCUGAGCUGCUGAACUUGCUGACCGAAAGGUUGCUGGUUCGAAUCCAGGGAGUAGAGUAACCUCUCGUAGUUAGCCCCAGCUUCUGCCAACCUAGCAGUUCGAAAACAUGCAAACGUGAGUAGAUCAAUAGGUACCGUUCUGGCGGGAAGGUAAUGGUGCUCCAUGUAGUCAUCCUGGCCACAUGACUUAGGAGGUGUCUACAGACAACGCCAGCUCUUCGGCCUAGAAAUGGAGAUGAGCACCAACCCCUAGAGUCGGACAUGACUAGACUUAUGUCAGGUAAAAAACUUUACCUUUACCUACAUACUAAUUUGGAAGAAUUUGGGGAAGAGAGACCGAGAAGGGUCAUUGAGCUCAUCAUCAUCUUUAUUUAUAACCUUGUGACAUCUAAUAAGGGCCUAUGAAAACAAGAUAGUAUGAGUGGAUGAAAAAGGGACCCAUUGUUGUGGGUUGUUGAUAUGUUAUCCCUAUUUCCUUUCAGGGGAGGAUUGGAAUUCAAAUUAUAAAUGCCCUCUGCCCCAUUUCCCAACUCCUUGUCAGGGUAUAGUUAAUGUUUCUAUUUUCCCAGAUCUUUUAGAUUCUGUCCUUCAACCCAGUUGAGUAACUAGAGUUAUCAUGCGAAAGGUUAUUUGAAGAGUCCAGCCAAAGCCCAAAGAGACCUGCCAUGAUCACAAGUGAAGCUGUGAUUAAAAAGUGCAAUCCUUUGUUAAAAGUCCUGUCUUUUGGCAUGCUGUACCAGGAGGAAAAACAAACAUUGAAUUCAAUUCUGUGGGAUGUGCUAAGCCGUGGUAUCUUGCCAUACUUUCUGUAGCAACCUGGAAGGGUGGAUUGAUGCAUGCCUUGUGAGUGGGCAGAAGUGGCGACAGGAUAAGGGAAUUAAGAACACAGGCACAUAUGACAGAGAUAUGCAUCAAGUCAUAUCAUGGUUUGCAAAGGUACUGUGCUAUGUGUGUUAACUGGAAAAUGAAGUGCAUGAAGCCGAUUGGCUGAGCCUGAAAAAACCUGGGGAUUCAUUUGAUACUGUUUCUGUUCUGCUGCUGCAGCACCAGUAUGGACAAGUUUUUCAGUGCUGACAGAGUACUGCUGGUGAAGAGAGCAGUGUACUCAGAAAGGCUUUGCUAUUUUGAGGCCUGUUUGUUGCUAAGAAAAGAGUGUGAAGAACCAGGAUUAUAUUAUUCUCUGAGGCAGAUUUAUGGACUGAAAAACGACUGUUUAUGACUGUGGACUUCUGUAAGUGAUCAGGGGGACCAUUGUAAAUACUACUGUUUUUUGAUCUCUUGGAAUCAGUAAAGUUCCUGUAUUUUUGUUCUGCAAACCUGAGUGGCAUGUUAUUGUUCUGCGGGUGACUCUGGAUCGCGGGCACACGUAAGAGCUUCUAUUUAUCAUCAUCAAUCCAUAACAGUCAGACUGUUAUUUUCCCAGCCCAGUCCUUCCUAACUUUGCACUGUGAUCAGCAUCAUUCCCAGCAAUUGCCUGAGCUGACUAGGAAUGAAAAACACAAACUCUGUCAGCUGACUUAAGUUCAAAAUUUCCUAGUUCGUUGCACUUCAUAGCUACAAUUUAGUUAAAGUCAUCUACAUAGUUGGAUGCCUUCAAGUAG